AUUAAAAAAAAUUAAAUAUGAAGAAGGCAGCACGAGCCAUUAGCACAUACCACCUAUACCGGUUGCCGCCGGAUGCAACGAAGCAAAAUUCAAAACGCCUCAAAUCCCGUCCAGUUAUAAGAAAUCCAGCUUUCCAGUAUUCCAUAUACUGCCACCCCUCAAUUUUCAUCUUUCACUCUCACUGGCACUCCAUAGUUCGCCGCCAUGCAACCUCACUUCUCCCCUACACCUGUGGAUGCCCAUGACAGAGCCACCGUGUUCCGCCCACUCUCGUUCGCCCCACCUCACAUGCUUGCCUUCCAUCUUGCAUGGCUCAACCUCUUCUCUUGCUUCUUCUCGACCUUCUCCAUCCCUCCCCUCCUCCCCGUCAUCCGCCACGACCUCCAACUCACCCCCACUGACAUCGGCAACGCCGGCAUCGCCUCCUUCGUCGGCUCCAUUUUCUCCCGCCUCCUCAUGGGCCCCACCUGCGACCUCAUUGGCCCCCGCAUAGCCUCCGGCACUCUCUCCCUCAUCACAGCACCUGUCAUCCUCGCAACCGCUUUCGUGUCCACACCUCAAUCAUUCAUCAUCAUUCGCUUCCUUGUGGGGUUUUCUCUCGCCAACUUUGUGUCCAGCCAGUUCUGGAUGAGCUCCAUGUUCUCCCCCUCCAUAGUAGGCCUAGCAAACGGAGUCGCCGCCGGGUGGGCCAACGUGGGUUCGGGUGUGACCCAACUGGUUAUGCCUCUCGUAUACUCUCUCAUCAUCAACUUCAACGUACCGUCUUCCAUUGCUUGGAGGCUUGCGUUUGUUGUUCCCGCCAUUUUCCAAGCAAUCACGGCAAUACUGGUCUUGGCUUUCGGGCAAGACCUGCCUUCAGGGAGAUACGUGCGUACCCAGACCCAGAAGGCUAAAGGAGAGAACGUACUCAAAAUAUUAUUUGACGGCUUGUCUAAUUACAGGGGGUGGGUUCUGGCUCUGCUUUAUGGGUUCUCUUUCGGGGUGGAACUAACAACGGACAACAUAAUAGCUCAGUACUUCUAUGAUAGGUUUAACGUGAAUAUCGAAGUCGCCGGGAGUAUUGCGGCGAGUUUUGGGAUGGCGAAUUUGUUCUCUCGACCAAUGGGAGGAGUGAUUUCUGAUGGGAUGGGAAGGAAGUAUGGCAUGAGAGGCAGAUUGUGGGGCCUGUGGGUCGUCCAAACGGCAGCCGGACUUCUGUGUGUUUUACUUGGACGCCUCAGCUCUCUCUGGAGUUCUAUCCUUGUCAUGUGCGCUUUCUCCGUUUUUGUUCAAGCCGCUUCUGGCCUCAUAUUUGGUGUCGUCCCUUUCGUUUCCACGAGAUCGCUUGGAGUAAUUUCAGGGAUGACGGGAAGCGGAGGAACUAUUGGGGCCGUGGUGACUCAAACGCUGUUGUUUUCAGGGGCCCACUUCUCCAAGCAAACAAGCAUAUCUCUGAUGGGCAUUAUGAUGGUAUUGUGCACUCUUCCAGUGACGCUUUUGUAUUUCCCUCAAUGGGGAGGUAUGUUCUGUGGCCCUUCAUUAGUUCCCGAUUCACCUGAAGAAAGUUGUUGCCUGCUUGAUUAGGACGAUUCCAAUGGGUUCCCGGUGCUCAUGCCCAUUAGAUGCAAUUCUGCAUAAAGCUGGAGACCGAGAAUAUGCAAUCAGUUUUAUAUUUCUAGUGGCAUAAUCUAAUAAAAUCCAUGCAAAAAGCAUUCAUUUGUACAGUGAUAACGAAGCAUUUUAUUA